AUGACUCAACUGACACUAAUGCUUUCCUCAGCCAACAUCAUCACCUUUCUGAUCAUCUGGAGGAGGAACUGCAUGCUUUCCAAGUCCAGCACUCUCUAUCUUAUGGCCAUUUCUGUGGCUGACAGCCUUGUUCUGAUCUUCAUUGUGGUUCUUGAGCUUUCUGUGAAGUACCACCAGCAGGAGCCAUUUUGGAGUUAUGAGCCGUGGUGCAGCCUGAGGGACAUUUUUAACUACGGAGCCUACAACGCCUCAACGUGGCUGGUGGUUGUGUUUACAGUUGAGCGCUUUGUCGCCAUCCACACGUGGAAAAUGAAAACUAAAAUCUGCACCCCGAGAUGUGCAGCAUGGACUAUUACAGCCAUCUUCGUCUUCAGUCACCUUUUUGCCAUUCCUCACUUCUGGUCUAAUACCUCAGUCUAUGUGAACAACAAGACCAGAUGUAUUUACAACCCAGAGGCCCCAUCUCAGUUCAUUCACACCCUGGUUUGGUUUCAAACACUGCAAGCCUACAUAUUCCCCUUCCUCAUUAUCCUCACACUCAACGGGCUGACUCUGCGCCUCAUCUCUCUCAGCAAUCGGGUUCAUAUCACCACAGAUUUGACUUCUAGGGCCAACAAAGUCAUGCCUCUGCUGCGCUCCAGAAAGAGAAAAUCUGUGGUGCUUCUAGUGACUGUGUCUAUGAGUUUCAUGCUGCUGUCUGUUACCCGUGCUAUAACUCAGAUCAUCCUCCGCACGACUCCUAUGUACACCUGUGAUCGCAAUGAUUACAACCUUCAGAUAAAUAUAGCAGCAGACACUGGCACCAUGCUGAGCCUGAGCAAUGCAGCAGCUAACAUGUACCUGUACGUCUGCACCCAAUCCAAGUUUCGCCAAGAGUUCUUAGCUUGUGUCAGACAAGUGUCCUUCUACUGCAAAACAAAACUCUAA